UCCCCUCUUCUUCCCUCACUACAGAAUCCGUCGCCUUUCACUUCAAGUUCCCCAACCCGCAGCGCGCGCAAGCAGAAGCCCAGUUCGAAUUCCCGGCGGCGGAGGAGAGACCGAUGGCGCGUACGAAGCAGACGGCCCGGAAGUCGACCGGCGGCAAGGCGCCCCGCAAGCAGCUGGCCACCAAGGCGGCGAGGAAGUCGGCGCCGACCACGGGCGGCGUGAAGAAGCCCCACCGCUACAGGCCCGGGACCGUGGCGCUGCGUGAGAUCCGCAAGUACCAGAAGAGCACGGAGCUGCUCAUCCGCAAGCUGCCGUUCCAGCGCCUGGUGCGGGAGAUCGCCCAGGACUUCAAGACGGACCUCCGGUUCCAGAGCCACGCCGUGCUGGCGCUCCAGGAGGCCGCCGAGGCGUACCUCGUCGGGCUCUUCGAGGACACCAACCUCUGCGCCAUCCACGCCAAGCGCGUCACCAUCAUGCCCAAGGACAUCCAGCUCGCCCGCCGCAUCCGCGGGGAGCGCGCAUAGAUUGCCCAAGGAAAAGCAAUGUAGAGCUGUCCGUUCGUCGCCUCUGGUUUCAGAUCGUGUUAGCAAUAGGCAAGAGGCGACUUUUAUUUUGUUGUAGAAAAAACUCUGGUUGGCUACAUUGUUACAAUGACACGUUUCUUAUUUCGUCUAUAUUGUUGGUUUGUGCUAAAAUGCAAACAAAUGCUUCAUUGUUUC